UUGCAAUGCCUGGACUAUGAGGAUUGCGAAUCGCCUCGUUCGUAGGACCGCUUUCCCGUUCAGUUGCGCGCAGAUAUGGCUCUGUCUUUCUGUGGCAAUGACAACGACACUGCUUACAACGUCGACAGCGGCGUGUUGAACAACGGCUGCUUCGUGGAUGCCCUCAAUUUAGUCCCCCACGUCUUCCUGCUUUUCAUCACUUUCCCUAUAUUAUUUAUCGGUUGGGGAAGCCAAAGUUCAAAGGUUCAAAUCCACCACAACACAUGGUUACACUUCCCAGGGCACAGUUUCCGGUGGAUCCUCACUUUUAUACUACUCUUUGUACUUGUCUGUGAAAUCGCAGAGGGAAUGGUUUCAGACAGGAAGAUGAACACGCGGCACCUGCACCUCUUCAUGCCUGCAACAAUGGGAUUUAUAGCGGCAACCACAUCUAUUGUUUAUUAUCACAAUAUAGAAACUUCCAACUUUCCAAAGCUGUUAUUAGCCCUUUUUAUCUACUGGGUCCUGGCUUUCAUCACGAAGUCCAUUAAACUGGUGAAGUACUGUGAUCAUGGCAUCACCAUGUCCCAGCUGCGCUUCUGUAUAACACUCAUCCUGGUCUUCCUCUAUGGGUCUCUCAUGGCUGUAGAGAUCAACGUCAUCAUUUUCAGGAAAUACGUGUUCUUUAACAACCCGAAGAAAGUGAAACCUCCCGAAGAUUUGCAAGAUCUGGGAGUGAGAUUCCUACAGCCGUUUGUCAACUUGCUGUCCAAGGCUACCUACUGGUGGAUGAACACCCUCAUUAUUUCAGCCCACAAGAGACCCAUAGACCUAAAGACCAUUGGCAAGCUCCCCAUAGCCACGCGGGCUCUCACCAACUACAUGUUACUGAAGGAAGCCUAUGAAGAGCAGAAGAAGAAUGAGGGUGUACCAGAGGGUCGACCUCUGUCCAUUUGGCGAUCCAUGUACAGGGCGUACGGCCGACCUAUCCUCCUCAGCAGCACAUUCCGCUACCUUGCUGACCUCUUGGGUUUCGCUGGACCUCUCUGCAUCUAUAAAAUUGUCGACAAUCGUAGCAAGACAAACGGGUUGAAUAGCACAGUCAAUGGAACGAGCAACAUUCAGGGAGAUUUUGGCAUUGUAGAAAAUCAGACAGACAAAGAAUUUCUGGGAGUCUAUUUUCUGUCAUCGAAGGAAUUCUUGGAGAACGCUUAUGUUCUGGCAGUGUUGUUGUUUCUCGCACUCAUUCUGCAGAGGACAUUCUUACAAGCCUCCUACUAUGUGGCCAUUGAAACAGGAAUCAAUUUGCGUGGAGCCUUACUGGCCAUGAUCUACAACAAGAUCCUCUGUCUAUCCACCUCCAAUAUGUCGAUGGGAGAAAUGACUUUGGGACAAAUCAAUAAUCUUGUUGCCAUCGAAACAAACCAGCUGAUGUGGUUCCUCUUUCUCUGUCCUAAUCUGUGGGCCAUGCCAGUUCAGAUCAUCAUGGGUGUGAUCUUGUUGUAUUACAUGCUGGGAUUCAGCGCUCUGAUUGGUGCAUCUGUCAUAGCGCUGCUGGCUCCCAUGCAGUACUUCAUAGCAACCAAGCUUGCAGAUGCACAGAAGAGCACGUUGGACUACUCCACAGAAAGACUGAAGAAUACCAACGAGAUUUUGAAGGGCAUCAAACUUCUGAAGCUCUAUGCCUGGGAGCACAUAUUUUGUAACAAUGUGGAAAAAACACGAAUGCAAGAGCUAACCAGUCUCAAGAGCUUUGCACUCUACACAUCCUUAUCCAUGUUUAUGAAUGCAGCAAUACCCAUUGCGGCAGUAUUGGUGACCUUUGUGGCGUACACACACUUCCACUCAUCGGAUCUGUCCUCUGCUGUAGCCUUUGCCUCUUUGUCCCUUUUCAACAUCUUGGUGACCCCCCUAUUUCUGCUGUCCACUGUGGUCAGAUUCACAGUUAAAGCUUUAGUCAGUGAACAGAAGUUGAAUGAGUUUCUGACCAGUGAUGAGAUUUCAAAUGAUGGAUUUCGGGGUGGCGAGACUUCACUGAAUGUAGAGACCUGCAAGAAGCACUCAGGAGUUCACACCAAGGCUUUUCACAGAAGACAGGCCCUGAAAGGGAAUCUGGAAGGAUAUGAGCAGCCACAGGGGAGAUACUUUCGGUCCAGGGAUACUGAAGAUGUGUUGGUCAAGGUCACCCGUGGAUUCUUUUCUUGGAGCAGUGGUGUGGUAACUCUUUCAGAUAUCAGUAUAAGAAUUCCAACAGGCCAGCUGACAAUGAUAGUAGGGCAGGUGGGAUGUGGGAAAUCUUCCCUUCUCCUGGCAACACUUGGAGAGAUGCAGAAAGUUUCUGGCAGUGUAUACUGGAGCAAGGAACCUGAAAAUGAGAUGAACCAGGAAACAUCAUGGAGUGCACAUGAGGUUGAGCCUGUGUUGGAGGCGACUGGGAGAACACGAAAUUCUGUUGCUUACUCUGCUCAGAAGCCUUGGCUAUUAAAUACAACGGUGGAAGAAAACAUUACGUUUGGGAGUCCUUUUAUUAAACAAAGGUACAAAGCGGUCAUUGAUGCCUGUUCACUUCAGCCUGACAUUGAUCUAUUGCCAUUUGGAGACCAAACUGAAAUUGGAGAGAGGGGGAUUAACCUGAGCGGAGGUCAGAGGCAGAGAAUCUCUGUAGCUCGAGCUUUGUAUCAAGACACUGGUACAGUGUUCCUGGACGAUCCAUUCUCUGCCCUGGAUAUUCACCUCAGUGAUCACCUGAUGCAGGAAGGAAUCGUCAAGUUCCUCCGAGAAGACAAGCGGACUGUAGCUCUGGUGACACAUAAGCUGCAGUAUCUGACACAUGCUGACUGGAUAAUUGCUAUGAAAGAUGGAACCAUCAUUAGAGAAGGCACCUUGAAGGAUUUUCAGCACCAUGACGUAGAACUGUAUGAGCAAUGGAAAACCCUUAUGAAUCGGCAGGAUCAGGAAUUUGAGAAGGAAACUGAAGGUGAAAGUCAGACAAUUCUUGAAAGGAAAACCUUGCGCAGAGCGAUGUAUUCUCGAGAACCCAAAGGUCAAAUGGAUGAUGAAGAUGAAGAAGAAGAUGAAGAAGAUGAUGAAGAAGAUAACAUGUCUACAGUGAUGAGACUUCGGACAAAAAUGCCUUGGCGAGCUUUCUGGAGAUAUCUGACCUCAGGAGGGUUCCUUCUGCUCUUCUUGCUUGUAAUCUCUAAGUUACUGAAGCAUUCUGUCAUGGUGGCCAUUGACUUUUGGCUGGCAGAGUGGACAUCUGUCCGUGCGAGCCAGCCAUCAUCAGAGAAUGAUGAAUCAAUGGACAAGGCUGAACAAAAUUACUACAAAGUAUGGUAUAGCAUCCUGUGUAGUGUGGGGAUCGUGUUGUGCCUCAUUACAUCUCUGACUGUGGAGUGGAUGGGCCUAACAGCAGCCAAAAAUCUCCACCGUAAUCUCCUAAACAAGAUCAUUUUAGCACCAGUGAGAUUCUUUGACCUGACACCACUGGGCCAAAUCCUCAACCGCUUUUCUGCUGACACAAACAUAAUAGAUCAGCAUAUUCCCCCGACACUGGAGUCCUUGACCAGAUCGAUCUUCCUCUGUCUGUCAGCAAUAGGUGUUCUUUUGUACGUCACGCCAAUCUUCCUCGUGGCUUUAUUGCCUUUUGGCAUUGCUUUCUACUUUAUACAGAAAUACUUCCGGGUUGCUUCAAAGGAUCUCCAGGAGCUGGAUGACAGUACACAGUUACCUCUAUUGUGCCAUUUCUCGGAAACCGCUGAAGGGCUCACAACGAUCCGAGCAUUCCGACAUGAAUCGAGAUUUAAACAGCGUAUGCUGGAGCUCACUGACGCCAACAAUAUUGCCUACUUGUUCCUGUCAGCUGCCAACAGAUGGCUGGAAGUUAGAACGGAUUAUCUUGGUGCCUAUAUUGUACUUACCGCAGCUUUGGCCUCCAUAAUGUAUGCCCCUUACUCUGGACUUUCAUCUGGUCGUGUAGGAUUUGGUCUUACCUAUGCAUUAACGGUUUGUAAUUACCUCAACUGGGUGGUAAGAAAUCUUGCUGACCUGGAGGUGCAGAUGGGAGCUGUGAAGAAGGUCAACAGUUUCCUGAACAUUGAGAGUGAAAAUUAUGAAGGAACCAUGGAGCCAUCCCAGGUCCCGGAAGACUGGCCGCAGCAAGGAGAGAUAAAAAUUCAGGACCUCUGUGUUCGAUAUGACUCAUCUCUCAAACCGGUGCUUAAACAUGUCAAAGCCUACAUCACACCUGGUCAGAAGGUAGGGAUCUGUGGUCGCACUGGCAGUGGGAAGUCAUCCCUGUCUCUGGCUUUUUUCAGAAUGGUGGAUAUAUUUGAAGGCAAAAUUGUCAUCGAUGGAAUAGACAUCAGUAAACUCCCUCUUCAUACUCUCCGCUCCAGACUUUCCAUCAUUUUGCAAGAUCCUGUGCUGUUCAGUGGAUCCAUUCGUUUUAACUUGGAUCCUGAGUGCAAGUGCACUGAUGACAUGCUGUGGGAGGCACUGGAGAUAGCUCAGCUAAAGAACGUGGUCAAGUCGCUGCCGGGUGGAUUAAAUGCCAUGGUUACUGAAGGUGGAGAGAACUUCAGUGUUGGACAGAGACAACUCUUCAGCUUGGCCAGGGCCUUUGUACGAAAGAGCAGCAUUCUCAUUAUGGAUGAGGCUACAGCUUCCAUUGACAUGGCAACAGAGAGCAUUUUGCAGAAAGUAGUGAUGACAGCCUUUGCCGAUCGGACUGUGGUGACAAUAGCACAUCGCGUGACUUCCAUUCUGGAUACAGACCUAGUGUUAGUCUUUUGCAAAGGUAUUUUAGUGGAGUGUGGCAAUUCCUCACAAUUGCUCUCUCAAGAGGAAAGCCCCUUUACCUCUCUGCACCGAGUGCAUACCAUCCUUACUGCAGACCUGGUUAUUGUGAUGAAACGAGGCAACAUCCUUGAAUAUGAUAAACCUGAAAGUCUCCUGGCACAUGAGGGAGGCAUCUUUGCAUCCUUUGUAAAGGCUGAUAUGUGAAUCCUGGUAUUCCAUGUUAAUCUUCUUUCACUCAACAACAAUGUUUUUUUUUGCUUUUUAUUAUCUAAAGUUAUGCAAUCUUCUUUAAGUCAAAAAACAUACUUUCAUACCUUCUCUCCAAGACCGUCUUUGCUUUAAUCAAUGUCUGUCAGUAUAACAUGUCACAUCCAACUAGACUAUGCAAGCAUUAGCCUUAAAAUGAUUGAUUUUUCACCUUAAUGAACCACAGAAUGCACCGCAGUGCUAGAGAAAUGUCAUUGUACGAGACUGAAUGGAUUUAUUCUAACUUCUCAGAAUUACGUGUUGAAUUGUAAUCAUAAGUAAGUUUUUUUGUGGUAAAAGUGUUGCAAUUCAACUGGGAUUAAUACCAAUACAUCCCCUUACUUAUUACGGUUUGCAUUGUUUCAAAUAUUUAGUUAUUCAACUUAUAGAUAAAUUAUUAACAUGAGGAAGUCGACAGAUGCUGGAAACCCAGAGCAACACCCAUAAAAUGCUGGAGUAUCUCAGCAGGUCAGGCAGAAGUCGAUUAUCUAUUCAUUUCCACAGAUGCAGUCUGACCUGCUGAGUUCCUCAGUAUUUUGUGUAUGUUGCGAAAGAUGAAUUGCUCGUGUUUGGAGAUGCACGUUGGCUACAGAGAUAUAUAUAUAUAUAUAUAUAUCUAUAUAUAUAGAAGGGUAAGAUGUUUGUAUUUAUAUAGGUAUACUCGUUGGAGAAUGUUGGGUUUAGACCAGUCAGUAACUACAACCAUUACGCAAUGGAGCCACUCUAGCCUCAGGUCAAGUAAAUAAAGUAACCCAGCAGACAAAGCCAUUGUACUUAGCAAAAGGUGAUGAUCAGAAGUAGGAUAGAGGAAAUGCUUUGGCUGAUGUAUGCAUUUCUUCAUCUCCAUUGUUGUAUUUGGAGGUAUUCACAUCCAACAGUUCCACUUUCAGCUACCAGGAUAUCCAUGCAGAAGAGGCAAACAGAUUUACUACAGUCCAAGCAAAUCAGAAUCAGAAUCAGACUUUAAUCGCCAAGUACCUGUGCACAUACAAGGAAUUUACUUCCGGCAGAUGUUGUCUCUCUGCUCAUAACAGUAAUAAUGAUAAAUAUAAAUGAAAAUAUAGAUUAUCCAUACAGGUAGUGCAAUCCAAGUAAUAGUUAGCCGACUGUUAACCGGCAGUUAACUGUUCAGCAAAGUGACUGCAGUAGGAAAAAAACUUCUCCAGUGCCUAUUAAUCUUAGUCUGGAGGGAUCUGAAGCGCCUACCAGACGGAAGCAGUUCAAACAGUCCAUGUGCAGGAUGGAAGGAGUCCUUUAUGAUGUUCCCCACCCUCUUCUUCAACCUGGAAGAGCACAGGUCCACAAUAGAGGGCAGGGAGGCUCCAAUGAUGCGCUCGGCAGUCCUCACUGUGCGCUGUAGUCUGGUUCUAUCCUGCUUGGUGGCGGCUCCAAACCACACAGUGAUGGGGGUGCACAGGACAGACUCAAUGACUGCAGUGUAGAACUGCGGCAGCAAUUCCUGAGGCAGACCAUAUUUCCUCAAGAGCAACAGGAAGUACAUCCGCUGCUGGGCCUUCUUCAGGAUGGAGCUCCCACUUCAGAUCCUGAGAGAUGGUGGUUCCCAGGAACCUGAAGUUCUCCACGGUGGACACAGGGCUGCCGAGGACUGUGAGGGGGGACAUAACAGGGGGAUGUCUCCUGAAAUCCACUAUCAUCUCCUUUGUCUUGAGCGUGUUCCGCUCCAGAUUGUUCCGACUGCACCAGAGCGCCAGUUGGUCCACCUGCUGUUGAUAUGCAGACUCAUCACUGUUCUGGAUGAGUCCGAUGAUGGUGGUGUCAUCUGAAAACUUCAAAAGCUUCACAUAAGGGUUGGAGGAGGUGCAGUCAUUGGUGUAGAGGGAGAACAGCAGUGGAGAGGACAAAUGAUUGUUGCGUACCAGCUCAAGAUACAUGGCUCUCAGGUGUGAUGUCAGCCGUCCCUGAUAGUGACCUUCUUGAGAUUCACAGCCUUCUGUCUCUGUCAUAUCACACUUCCUUUCCUUGCCCUUGACUGUACCCAGACUUUGUGGGCUUUAAACCUCAUGGUGGAAGAGCUCUUCCAGCUGAUAUCCAAACAAUAACAAUGCCCCAUAUGCACAAAAUGCUGGAAGAAAAUAACUAGACAGGUAGCAUCAGAAUUGAGAGCAUCACAGAACUACACAGCAAUGCCCCCCCCCCCCCUGGAUAUUGUGGUGACCUUUUAACCUACUUCACAAUCAAACUAACCCUCCCCUCCCAUAUAGCUCACACCCCUCCACUUUUCUUUCAUCCAUGUUCCCAUCUAAGAGUCUCUUAACUAUCCCCAAUGUACCAGCCUCUACCACCAUAGCCGGCAGGAAUUUCCAGGAGCUUGCCAUUCUCUAUGUAAAAAAAAGCUAUUUUGACAUCUCCCUCAAACUUUCCUCUACUCACUUUAAAACAGGGGCUCAUAAUCUAUGGUCCUCAGGCCCCUCUAUUAAAGGGAGGGGCAUAAAAUGGUUGGGAACCCCUGCUUGAAAAGGAUGUGUUCUGCUACUGAACAUUGCUGCCUGGGGAGAAAGUCUGUCCACUCUCUCAAUCGUAUAACUUUAUGUAUGUCUAUCAAGUUGCCUCCCGUCCUUUGUCACUCUAAAGCCCUAGCUCACUGAAACUUUUCCGUAAGGCUUGUUAAAACAUAGAAACAUAGAAAGCCUACAGCACAAUACAGGCCCUUCGGCACAGAAAGUUGUGCCAAACACGUCAUUACCUUAGAAAUUGCCAGGCUUACUAAUAGCCCUCUAUUUUACUAAGUUCCAUCUACCUAUCUAAAAGCCUCUUAAAAGACCCUAUCAUAUCCACCUCCACCACUGUUGCCGGCAGCCCAUUCCAUGCACUCACCACUCUCUGAGUAAAAACUUACCCCUGACAUCUCCUCUGUACCUACUCCCCAGCCCCUUAAACCUGUGUCCUCUUGUGGCAACCAUUUCAGCCUUGGGAAAAAACCUCUGACUAUCUGCAUGAUCAAUGCCUCUCAUCAUCUUAUACACCUCUAUCAGGUCAUCUCUCAUCCUCCUUCACUCCAAGGAGAAAGGGCUGACUUCACUCAACCUAUUCUCAUAAGGCAUGCUCCCCAGUCCAGGCAACAUUCUUGUAAAUCUCCUCUACACCCUUUCUAUGGCUUCCACAUCCUUCCUGUAGUGAGGCGACCAGAACUGAGCACAGUACUCCAAGUGGAGACUGACCAGGGUCCUAUAUAGCUCCAACAUUACCUCUCAGCUCCUAAAUUCAAUUCUACGAUAGAUGAAGGCCAAUACACCAUACGCCUUCUUAACCACAAAGUCAACCUACGCAACUGCUUUGAGCAGCCUAUGGACUCGGACCCCAAGAUCCCUCUGAUCCUCCACACUGCCAAGAGUCUUACCAUUAAUACUAUAUUCUGCCAUCACAUUUGGCCUACCAAAAUGAACCACUUCACACUUACCUGGGUUGAACUCCAUCUGCCACUUCUCAGCCCAGUUUUGCAUCCUAUCAAUGUCCAGCUGUAACCUCUGACAGCCCUCCACACUAUCUACAACACCUCCAACCAUUGUGUCAUUAGCAAACAUACUAACCCAUCCCUCCACUUCCUCAUCCAGGUCAUUUAUAAAAAUCACAAUGAGUAAGAGUCCCAGAACAGAUCCCUGAGGCACACCACUGGUGACUGACCUCCAUGCAGAAUAUGACCCUGUCUACAACCACUAGGGAACUAGGGAAGCCAGUUCUGGAUUCACAAUGCAAUGUCCCCUUGGAUCCUAUGUCUCCUUACUUUCUCAAUAAGCCUUGAAAGGGGUCCCUUAUCAAAUGCCUUGCUGAAAUCUACUGCUCUUCCUUCAUCACUGUGUUUAGUCACAUCCUCAAAAAAUUUAAUUAAGCUCAAAAGGCACGAUCUGCCCUUUACAAAGCCAGGCUGAAUACUCCUAAUCAUAUUAUACCUCUCCAAAUGCUCAUAAAUCCUGCCUCUCAGGGUCUUCUGCAUCAACUUACCAGCCACAGAGGUAAGACUCACUGGUCUAUAAUUCCUGGGCUAUCUCUACUCCCUUUCUUGAAUAAAGGAACAACAUCCGCAACCCUCCAAUCCUUGGGAACCUCUCCCAUCCCCAUUGAUGAUGCAAAGAUCAUCGCCAGAGGCUCAGCAAUCUCCUCCCUCACCUCCCACAGUAGCCUGGGGUACAUCUCAUACAGUCCCAGCGACUUACCCAACUUGAUGCUUUCCAAAAGCUCCAGCACAUCCUCUUUCUUAAUAUCUACAUGCUCAAGCUUUUCAGUCUGCUGCAAGUGAUCACCACAAUCACCAAGAUCCUUUUCCAUAGUGAAUACUGAAGCAAAGUAUUCAUUAAGUACCUCUGUUAUCUCCUCCAGUUCCAUACACACUUUCCCACUGUCACAUUUGAUAGAUCCUAUUCUUUCACAUCUUAUCCUCUUGCUCUUGACAUACUUGUAGAAUGCCUUGGGGUUUUCCUUAAUUCUGCCGGCCAAGGCUUUCUCAUGGCCCCUUCUGGCUCUCCAGUUUCCUUCUCAAGCUCCUUCCUAGUAGACUUAUAAUCUUCUAGAUCUCUAACAUUACCUAGCUCUCUGAACCUUUUGUAAGCUUUUCUUCUUGACUAGAUUUAUUACAACCUUUGUACACCACGGUGUCUGUACCCUACCAUAACUUCCCUGUCUCAUUGGAAAAUACCUAUACAGAGCUUUACACAAAUAUCCCCUGAAUAUCUGCCACAUUUCUUCCAUACUUUUCCCUGAGAACAUCUGGUUUCAAUUUAAGUCUCCAAUUUCCUGCCUGAAAGCCUCAUAAUUCCCCUUACUCCAAUUAAACACAUUUCUAACUUGUCUCUUCUUAUCUCUCUCCAAUGCUAUUGUAAAGGAGAUAGAAUUAUGAUCACUAUCUCCAAAAUGCUCUCCCACUGAGAGAUCUGACACCUGACCAGGUUCAUUUCCCAAUACCAGAUCAAGUACAGCCUCUCCUCUUGUUGGCUUAUCUACAUACUGUGUCAAGAAACCUUCCUGAACACAAUAUCUAAUAUCCUCAAUAUCCCUGUUACUAUUAGACAGCCUAUAAAAAACACCCAGUAAAAUUAUUGACCCCUUCCUGUUCCUAACCUCCUGUUCUCUAAUCCAGACAGCAUUCUGGCAAAUCUCCAAGGCACCUUUGAAAUGAGGCAAGUGAUUUUUUUAAUUAUUUUUUUUCCCCAAAAAUAAAUGAGAGAUGAUACUGCAAGUGCGGUCAUAAGUGGUAAAAGCUGAAGAUCAGCUUUAUGUCACAGUGGGGUGUGUGUGGGGGGGGGGGUUUAUUGGGUGGUGAGGAUGUCGGGGAAGCUUUGUGACAAAAGGUUGUUGAACCAGCCUCGAAUUCUAAUGAAGUAAUCAGAGGCUGGAGGUGGACGUCAGGUUGGGAAUGGGAAACAAAAUUGAAAGGAUAAGCAAUUGGAAAGGGUUGCUUGUGGAUCUCAGGGAUAUCUUCUCUCCUCAUUCUCCAUACUCAUAGAUCCCAACCACUCAUUGUCACCCAAGUAUGCCUCUCUAUUUUGCUUAUGAAAAAUAUUUGAGACAUUUUUCAUGGAGUUAUAAUAUUGUUGAGUGCAGUAAUUGGCAUAUCAUGCCCUUGCUGACCAUUGUACUUCAGCAUGCUGAUCCUAUUUACCUGCAUUAAGUAUACACUAUUCUAUGCCUUGAUCAUUUAUGUACUUGUUUAGAUGCAUUUUAAAUGUUGUGAGAGCAUCACCCUUCUGCAUCCUCUCAGAGGAUAUGUUCCAGAUUUCAGCCCCCUCUGGAUUAAAAAAGAACUCCCUCUCAGAUCCAUUCCAAACCUUCUGCACCUCAGCCUGGAUCUAUGCCCUCUAGUCUUAGACUCCCCCCACCAUGAGGAAAAGAUAUUCACUCUGCACUCUACUUUUUCCUCAUCAUUGUAUACACCUCUAUCAGGACACCCUUCAGGCUCCCCUAUUCCAGCAGAAGCAAACCCAAACCAUAGCUGUGUGCAUACAUCUACUGAUGCUUCUGGACACACCAUCAGUGAUGUUCCUGGAAUCAUCAGGUGUUUCGGAUCUUUCAACAUCAUCCACCCUUCUCCAGGUGAUCCAGCCGGGGCUGAUCAGACCCCAGCUUGUGUCCAGAUGGCUAGCUACUUAUGACACCAUGGCUCCCCUCUCUUGAGCCACAGCACAGACUCCUCAUAACAAAAUGGUCCCAUCCAGACAAUUUGCAGGUGGAUCCCUCUCAACCUUUCCAGUGUAAUCAUAUCUAUCCUAUUCAGUAGCAACUAGAACUGCACACAAUAUUCCUGAUGUAGCCAACCAAUGUUUUAUAAAUGACGUCGCAGCUGUUAUACUCUAUGCACUAUCGUUGAAGGCAACUAUUCCGUAUGCCUUCUUUACCACUUUAUCUACUGUGCUGCCAUUUCAGGGGUUUGUGGAGAUGUAGCCCAAAGUCCCUCUGUUCAUGAACACUCGCUAGGGCUCUACCCAAUAACUGUGUAUAUGCAACUCUUGUUUGUCCUCCCAGAAAGCACCACCUCUCACUUGUCAGGAUUAAAAUCCAUUUACCAGCUUCCAGCUGAGCUAUAUUGUGCUGUGGACUUGGACAGCUAUCCUUGUUAUCAACUGUGCCACCAAUCUUCAUAUCAUUUGCAAACUUAAUGAUCAUUUUUCCAUUUGUAUCCAAGUUGUUAAUGCAUCUCACAAACAUAAAACUUCCCUGUGGGGUAGAAAAAUGUGUAUGUUUGUAAAAGCCUAUAGAAUUAUUACUGAAUGCUGCAAUAAAUACUUAAGCAGCAGACUGGUUGCACUGAGGUACAUAUCUGCAACUGAGGUUUCAGAUUGGUUGACUUUGAAGUAAACCUCAUCAUUUGCAUGUUGUCACAGAGGCCAACAAUAUUGAAAUAAGACAUGGACAUUGUUAAUCUAGAAUUAACCUAUAACAUAUUCGAUAAGAGUGACAGCCCUCACAAAUAAUUCAUGGGCUGUAAAAUACUUGGAGGAUGUAAUGGAGAGUUUGAAAACUUGCUUUUUUACUGACCUCUUUCUUUUAAUCCCUUUCUAGCAUAGUAGUUGGAAGAUAAUUUUCCACAAUUUGUGCUUAUUGGUAUAAAUACUGAUUUAAGAAAGAUCUUAAUAUUAUCAUUGCUAACAAUUAAGAAAGAACAAAUUGCCUUGAAAUAUCAAACGUGUUCUUGUUCUGCAGUGCAAAACACAAUGGAAAAACACCUGUAAUAAUUAUGCUAUACAUACACUCCUUAUAUUUGUCAGUUAUUACUGAUCAAUCUGCCUUUUCUUUACCCCUUUGGUGAUUGUAAAAUGUUGAGAGACUUGUAUUUAAUGUUUGGAUAUUGUUACUUUGGAAAUUAAUGAGUACUGUAUCUUAAAGUAAAAUCAAAUGAGAAGCAGGUGUCUAGGUAUGACAAAAGGAAUUUUAAGAAUGGUAGAAAAUACAAAGUAACUGAAAUUAGUUUGGAAAGACUUGUUUCACUUGUUGAAAUGGUACAAGAUGAAAAUAGUGAAUAGGCCUCCAUGGCAGACUUGGGAUGAAUGAAUGCAUUCAGAUUGGUAUUGGUUUCUUUAAGGCUCUACACCAGCCACUAUUGCACUAUUGUAAAUACGUAAUUCAAGUUUCCUCGAAUGUUUGCUUUACACUUCCUUAUCAAUAAAAUGGAGAUUUUACACGUUCAAA